ACUUCCUGUGUGGUGUUUCGUCGCCUUUUCUGGAGAAAUGCAGAGAGGGUGAUGGGCUUUUAGACAGCCACAUAUUCUACAAAAGACGUUUACAACCACUAGUUUAAAGAUGCCGAGUGCCGAGCGCUGCGGUGAGGAUUUAUGUGUGUGUGUGCGCGCCGCGUGUGAUGGCUGAGGACUGGCGGUCAUAUGAGAACAAUUCCAGCGGCACACACACACCGGCCAACUUCAAACACACACCAGGGGGACAUGAGUCUGUACGGAGGGGGUGGGGGCGUGGCCUAUGACAGGUCACGUGACCGCCGUCGCUCCAGCGACCGAUCCAGAGACCCCUCCCACGAGAGAGAGCUGACGCCCUGCAUACGGAAUGUCACAUCACCUACUAGACACACAGAGCGUGGUGAUGGCGGUUCUCGUCCCGGCAGCCCGCGGCCGAUGCGUGUUUCUCCAGUGGGCGUCGGCUCCCGAGGGGGUGUGGCCUUGGCAGGGGAGGGGCUUCUUCCUAAAGGCGAGAUGGUCUUCUUCUACGAGAGCCCUAAAGACUCAGCCUCCGCCUCAGCCAAUAGCAGCGCGGCGGCUCGCCAGAGGACCAAUGAGAGGGUGACGCUGAUAGUGGACAGCACGCGAUUCGUAGUGGACCCAGCCCUGUUUACAGCACAACCCAAUACCAUGCUGGGCAGGAUGUUUGGUUCGGGGCGAGAGCACAACUUCACGCGGCCCAAUGAGAAAGGAGAAUACGAGGUGGCCGAAGGCAUCAGCUCCACCGUCUUCAGAGCCAUCCUGGACUACUACAGGUCAGGGGUUAUCCGUUGUCCAGACGGCAUCUCCAUUCCGGAACUGCGUGAGGCCUGUGACUACCUCUGUAUCAGCUUUGACUACAGUACUAUCAAGUGCAGAGACCUGAGUGCGUUGAUGCAUGAGUUGUCCAAUGACGGGGCGCGUGGUCAGUUCGAGGCGUACCUGGAUGAGAUGGUGCUCCCCCUAAUGGUGACUUCAGCUCAUAGCGGCGAGAGGGAAUGCCACAUAGUGGUGCUCACUGAUGAUGACGUGGUGGACUGGGAUGAAGAAUAUCCACCUCAGAUGGGAGAGGAGUACUCACAGAUCAUCUACAGCACUAAGCUGUAUCGCUUCUUCAAGUACAUUGAGAAUCGAGACGUGGCCAAGAGUGUACUGAAGGACCGAGGACUCAAGAAGAUACGACUGGGGAUCGAGGGCUACCCUACCUAUAAGGAGAAGGUUAAGAGGCGUCCUGGAGGUCGUGCGGAGGUCAUCUAUAACUACGUGCAGCGUCCGUUCAUCCGGAUGUCGUGGGAGAAGGAGGAGGGCAAGAGCCGGCACGUGGACUUCCAAUGUGUCAAGAGCAAGAGCACCAGCAACCUGGCAGCAGCCGCCGCAGACGGCCACCAGGAGGCAGCACAGAUGCACAUGCACCACCAGGUAGCUAGGGGGGCGCUCUUCAGGCUCUUCAGGUGUGUGUGUGUGUGUGUGUGUGUGUGUGUGUGUGUGUGUGUGUGUGCGUCAAGAGCAAGAGCACCAGCAACCUGGCCGCAGCCGCCGCAGACGGCCACCAGGAGGCAGCACAGAUGCACAUGCACCACCAGCGAGAGCAUCAGCAACCUGGCCGCAGCCGCCGCAGACGGCCACCAGGAGGCAGCACAGAUGCACAUGCACCACCAGGUUGACGAGCUGGACAGCCUGCCGCAGUCCCACCAGCCGCCACACGGUGGAGCCAUACAGAUGGAUAGAGAUGGCAGCAGCAUGCUGCAACCUGUGCAACCACCACACGGUGGCGCUGUGUACCUGGACAGUAAUAUACCUGCACCACCACCACACGGUGGCGCUGUGUACCUGGACAGUAAUAUCCCCCAACCUGCACCACCACCACCACUACCACUACAGCAGCAGUUAGCCUCAGCAGCAGCAGCUGCAGCUACACACCAGGAAAGCCUGCCGCCACCGCAACCGCAACCUCCUGCGCCGCCACACGGGGGCGCUCCAGUGCAGCUGCUGCAGCCUCACGGGGCUCCACACGUGGCCAGAGACGUGAGUAACAUGCCUCCACCUCCACCUCCACCUCCACCACUACAGAUAGGAGGAGUAGCAAUGCACCAGGACAACCUGCAGCAACCUCCUCCGUCACCACAGGGGGGCGCCAUACGGAUCCACCAGCCGCACCUGAUCCCCCAGCCCCCUCUCCAGCAGCAGCCACUGCAGCAGUCGGCCCCCCAGGGGACCAGAGAUGCCAACAGUACCAUCAUUGUCCACCAGGUGGCUAGAGAGGGCGGUACGGCGGCCUUGCCACAGAGAGAGAACAGCAGUAGCAGCAGCAGCAGCAGUACCAGCGUUCUCCACCAGGGGACGAGAGAGAACAGCAGCAGCAGCAGCAGCAGUACCGCUCCGCUCCACCAGGGGCCGCAGCAGGGGCCCAGAGACAACAGUAAUGUGCCACCACAGGGGCCCAACGCAACAGUAGCACAGGGGGCUACCACACAGGGGCCCA